CUAGAGUCCCGGAAGAGGCGUUAACCAACGGAAGGCAGUGGCAAGAUGGCUUCCCUAGAUCGGGUGAAGGUGCUGGUGUUGGGGGACUCAGGUGUUGGCAAAUCUUCACUAGUUCAUCUCUUAUGCCAAAAUCAAGUGCUGGGAAAUCCAUCGUGGACUGUGGGCUGCUCAGUGGAUGUCAGAGUUCAUGACUAUAAAGAAGGCACCCCAGAAGAGAAGACUUACUACAUAGAAUUAUGGGAUGUUGGAGGCUCUGUGGGCAGUGCCAGCAGUGUGAAAAGCACAAGAGCAGUAUUCUACAAUUCCGUAAAUGGUAUUAUUUUAGUACAUGACUUAACAAAUAAGAAAUCAUCCCAAAACUUGUAUCGUUGGUCAUUGGAAGCUCUCAACAGGGAUUUGGCACCAACCGGAGUCUUGGUAACAAAUGGGGAUUAUGACCGGGAACAGUUUGCUGAUAACCAGAUCCCACUGUUGGUAAUAGGGACUAAAUUGGACCAGAUUCAUGAAACCAAGCGCCAUGAAGUUUUAACUAGGAUUGCUUUCCUGGCUGAGGAUUUCAAUGCAGAAGAGAUUAAUUUGGACUGCACAAAUCCACGGUACUUAGCUGCAGGCUCUUCCAAUGCUGUCAAGCUCAGUAGGUUUUUUGAUAAGGUCGUAGAGAAGAGAUACUUUUUAAGAGAAAGUAAUCAGAUUGCAGGCUUUCCUGAUCGAAAAAGGUUUGGGGGAGGAACCUUCAAGAGCCUUCAUUACGACUAAAUUACACUUAUCCUCUGGAAGAGUGAGCAAGCAGUGGCGGGUUUUCACAGCUUUCCUCUUACUGUGUCAAUUAUUAACGUCUCAGCCUUUUAAUGAAAUCAUCUUAAAACGCCACCCUUCAGCCUCACGCUCUGAUGGAAAAAAGAAAGAAGUAACAGUGUGGGAGGUCCAGAUUUUGUCCCCAUCCUCUCUGUUCCUCACCUUCCUGACCCUGUUUAUAGAUUAUGUAAAAGUCUUGUGGAAAUAUGAGAUGUCAGAAUGAUGCAGUAAAUGAACAGUGACAGAGUGCUGCAGAGAAAAUUUACUCUUGCCUGGAGCUGCUGAGUUUUUAUGGGUCUGUAAUUUUCCCACACUGAUUGCUGAAGGCUUAAUUAAGUACUUCAAAAAUGUAUCUCUAUUGUUUUACCUUCUUGAGGGGAAAGGUUACAUUAACCAGACCUGAGUUGUCCACCGCAAACAAUCUCUCUGUCACUUUGGAAGCAGCAAAAUGGUGUUAUUUAAUUGUCUCCACCCUCAUCACACACAGGGAUACCUAAUAAUAGCAGCCCUUGUCUGCCACUCCUCUCCUUAAAGGGCUCUGUGGCUGGAAGAGGCGGCCUAUAGCUGGAGUUAAAUAUAAAUACAGAUUAAUAAUACAUACAGAACGGCAGUACCAGGAGAGAAUUCUGUGAGAAACUGACAGCUGACCAAAUCCGUCACCCUUUAGGAUACGGCUGUCUGCAUUCCCUUACCUAAGACCCGCACAGCCUCUUCAUUUUUAUUUUUCUGAAGGAAAAGUCAAGUCCUGAAAUAGUAAACUAAGAAUAUUAUACUUUGUGUCAACAAUGUGUUUAUGGAGAGAAGUAAAAAUAAGUUCCACAGCCAACACAUUUCCAUGAAUUAUGGACUUGGAUUCCGUAAUCACUCCAGUAAUUUAUUUAACAUCACAUUGGUUUGUUUAUAUGUUUUGGGUGAGUUUUGCUUGGGGGGGUUGUGUUUUUUGGGGAUGCUGUAUGUUUGUAUGCAUAAUCAUUCAUUGUUACUUUUUUUACCCAUCUUUUAUUGCCUGUUUAAUUCUCUCUGCCCCAGUUCUUUCUUAAUAUAUAAACCUGGUUUCCAAAA